GACGCUUUAUUAUGGGUAACGUGUUCAACUUAAUUCACAACUGGAUCAGCAGUCGGUGUGACGAUUAUGCCAACAACGUAACAAUCCCAAUACGUCAUGGUAAUUCGAUUCCGAUUCAUCCGCCCGUUUAUUCUUGGGAUAGAAAAACAGACACUGAUGCGAGCCAAUUUCGAUUAGAAAAUCUGAACGGUCAAUUCAUUUGUCGAACCCUCGUCAACCAAGGACAACAGUUUACGAUUGAGGGAUGCAAGCGAUCCUUAAUUCUCGUCACAGGGUCGUUUGAUAGCGUCUUUGUCGAUGAUUGCAUAGAUUGCAAAAUCAUUCUGGGGCCUGUUAGAGGCAGCGUUUUCUUGAGGAGCUGCAGCGAGUGUUUCGUAGUGACGACUUGUGGACAACUUCGAACCCGAGAUUGUAACGAAAUAACCUGCUAUAUUUUCUGUGCCAGUCAACCAAGCAUCGAGGUGUCUUACGCGAUGAAGUUUCAAUGCAUUUCGCUCGACUAUCCGGGACAGCGUGAUGACUUUGCUAAUGCCAGACUGAAUGCGAAAAUCGCUAAUCGGUGGUCGGAGAUUUUUGAUUUUACGCCGUCUUCUUUAUCUAGCAACUGGAGAUUGCUAUCCGUCGAAGAUCGUGUAGAAGAUCAUCUAGAUAAAGUGGAACUAUUGCAUUGUAUCAAUCACCAAAUUACCUUCAACCGGACUCUUUCGCUCAUCCCGUUCACUCAUCCAGCGCUGAACAUUUUCAGCAGGGAUGAUCUGUUAGGCAAGGCCCAAUAUGAUAUGACGGGCAAAUUCUAAAAUUUUAAAGAAAACAGAGCAAUGGUUCUUAAAUACUAUUGUGUUGUCUCAACAUACCCAAGAUAUCCACGAAGACUAGGCUCUACAUGGUUUUUGGAAUUACAAUUUAUGUAUGUAUAUUUUUUUUUCAAUCAGACUUUGGAAAGACAAUGAUUGUUUAUUUCGAUGUCUCGACAAUCUUUGGAAGGGAACGGGGCGUAUAUUCUGGUAACUAUGAUAUAUGUCUGCAACGGGUGUUGUAACUCAUACUGUAUACCUAAUAAGCUCAUGUCAAAUAAGCCCUUCGAGAACGUCCAAGGACAAUCGAGUACCACAAAUUUAACCGCCUUCUCGUUUCCGGGACGUGACGAAAUUAUCUGACUCAGAAACGAAUGACUUAUAUCCAGCGCCUACCUGUUUUUCUGCCGUCACGAAUAAAAUUGUUCAAGUCCCUGUGA